UGAAUAUCUGAUCUUUGUUUGCAAUUCAUCAUGUCCUUCCCGUAUAAGAACGUUCUCGUCCUCGGUGCUACCAGUGGCAUCGGUCUCGCCCUCGCAGAACGCAUGAUCGAGCAUGGAAUCCACAUCAUCGCCGUCGGACGACGACAAGAAAAUCUCUCUUCCCUUCACCAGAAGCAUGGGAAGGAGAAAGUCUCAACUAUCCAAUUCGACGUCACGGACCUUGCAGGAAUCCCCUCUUUCGUCGAGACUGUAACAAAAUCCCACCCCAAUCUGGACUCCAUAUUCAUGAACUCGGGCAUCCAGCGAAAAAUAGACUUCACCCAUCCCUCAACCAUCGACCUGGACUUGAUAACCACAGAACUAACAACAAACUACACCUCCACCAUCCACCUCAUAAAAUACUUCCUCCCACACCUCCAAUCCCACCCCUCAACGCCCACCUCGCUAAUCUUCACGACCUCCGGGCUCGCCCUGGUCCCCAUCCUCCGCUGCCCCAACUACUGUGCCUCCAAAGCCGCCAUGCACCACCUAAUCCUCACGCUGCGCGCACAGCUCUCCUACGCCGAAGCUUCGAAGAAUGUGCGGGUGAUUGAGAUCCUGCCGCCGGCUGUGCAGACGGAGUUGCAUGACCAGAAGCACCAGCCGGAUAUCAAGGACGGCGGUGCAUUUGGGAUGCCGUUGGGGGCGUUUGUGGAUGAGGCGUGGGAGGGCUUGAGUAAGGGGCAAGAGGAUGUCCCGGUGGGCAUGGUGAAGGGGAGUUAUGGGGCUUUUGAGAAUGAGAGGAGGAGUAUGUUUGAGGGGAUUACGAAGAGGUUGGGUGGGUGGGUUGAAGAGUGA